AUGGGUAACUUAGAGGAAGCUGAUUUAACGGCUCCAGAAUUUAUUGAAUAUCAAAAGGAAUUGGAGGAAGAGGCUAGGGCACUUAUGCCCUGGAAUCCUACAAAAUGCACAUAUGAACUAGGACCAAUAAGGCAACAGCUGUAUGCUUGCAGAGAUCAUGGUAACAUUGCUUUGUGCUAUUCAUGUGCUAUUAUUUGCCACACUACUUGUGAUAUAGUAGAACUAUUCACGAAGAGAAAUUAUAGUUGUGAUUGUGGUACUGAAAGAGAUAGCAAAGAGGCUGAAAAAGGCCAAGAUAGCAAAAUAUCCACCAAAUAUUAUUGCCAAUUACGGAAAAAUACUGUUCUGGAUAUUCCAGGUAGUCAGAAUACAUAUGGUCACAAUUUUCAAGGUUUAUUUUGUGGCUGUUCUAAGGAGUAUAACCCCAAUUCAGAUGCCGUGAUGCUACAAUGUGUAGCAGGCUUAAACUGUAAUGAAGAUUGGUAUCAUGAUUACUGUAUACUGGGAAAAGAUGAAGUUUCAGCCUCUAUAGAGCGUUCUAUGCCGAAAGAAGAAGAUGUCGAGACUGAUAAUAUUAUAGAGAAAGUGAUUGACGGUUUUCCUAAGCUGGAUUCAUUCAACGCUUUUAUCUGCACCAAAUGUACAAAUAAAUACGAUUACUAUUUUGAAAAACUAUUGUCACAUGAGCUUUCAGAGACUAUCUUUGCGAAGAAACUAUUUAAGAUUAAUAAUACAACUACAAGUAGAAAAAAUGAAGAUGCAACUGGACAAAAAAGAAAGACAGAUGUAUCUAAAGCAUCCGAGUACUCUUUGUUUCUAAAAGAAAAUUACUCUGAUGGAUUCAAUAAAAUAAAAGAAUCUUUACUAAAAAAUAAUGAUGAUGAGAAAUUAUUAUCCUUUUUACAGCAUACUAUUCCACAUCUUAUUGAGGAUACUCCAGUAUAUGAGCCCAUUGACGAGGAAGAACCCAAAUCAAGCAUACAUGAUUUGGCUAUGGGAUUAUUAAACGAAUCAGUAGAUAGACAGAAGGCUCUUAGUGCUAUUGUUGCAUAUCAUACAUUAAAAGAUAGAUUGGGUGGUUUUUUUCAAAGAUUUGCUGAUAAUAAUGAAGUAGUAAAGGGUGAAGAUAUUAAAAACUUUUUUGCAAAAGAAGAAUGA